AAUCUGUUCAUUAUUUCCAGGAUCAGUUAAUCCUAACCGUAGCAACCUCCCAUUUUUUAAAGAAACGAGCCCCAAAAUAACGAACAAGUUAUCUGUCGAAAUCAAAUUCUGGAAAAAAAAUCUCAAAAUCAAAGAAAAGGGUCAAAAAAAAAAAAAUGGGCACGAGUGAAUCAGAGAAGAGAUAUCCGCAAGUGAAAAUCCGGCAAUGGGAAGACGAAUACAUGAAAUUUGAUUUGUACGGCACAGAUGUGAGCAUCGCCAAUGCCCUGCGCAGAGUGAUGAUUGCAGAGGUGCCCACUCUGGCCAUUGAACUUGUCGACAUCGAAUCGAAUUCGAGUUGUUUGGCGGACGAAAUGGUGGCUCACCGCCUGGGGCUCCUCCCUCUGAUCAGUCAUUCCGCCAUGAAAAUGAUAAUGUCCAGAGAUUGUCACAACUGUGAUGGAGAUGGCCCCUGCGAUUUCUGUUCUGUGGAAUUCCAAUUGAAUGUGAUGUGCACGGGAGAGCAGACGCUGGAUGUCACCACCAAUGACUUAAUCCUCACCUCCACAGGGAUUGGGAUUUCUGAUGUUGAGCCUGUCAGCCGCACAAAGCCUGAAUCCCCGCCUAUUACUCUUGCCAAGUUGUCUAAAGGCCAACAGUUGAAGAUCAGAUGUCUUGCAAGGAAGGGGAUUGGCAAGGACCAUGCAAAGUUUUCACCUGCAUGUACUGUUACUUUUUUUGCGAUGCCUCAUAUUCACAUCAAUUAUGAUCUUGCUAAAAAUUUGACAAUACAACAAAAGAAGGAUUUUAUUGAAAGUAGUCCUACGAAUGCCUUUCAACUUAACCCUGACACUCAACAGAUAGAGGUAAUCAAUCCAGAAUUAUAUAGCUCUUGUGAUGGAGAAAUUUUAAGACAAGCUGAAAUGAUGGAUGUACCAGGGUUGGUCACUGUCAUUCCAAGUGACGAUCACUUUAUUUUUACGGUGGAAACAACUGGUGCAAUUAAAUCUCAUGAGUUGUUUUUAAAUGCUAUUCAAGUUUUGAGGCUAAAACUUGAUAGUGUGCGUCCUACCUUAAAUGACAAUGAUGAAUCUAUUGAUUAUGAUAAUCAUAUGUAA